UUGAAAGAGAACCAAAAACGUACCAUCCGGCUAAACUGAAGAACCAGAAAACAGGCACAGAAAAAAAAAGGAUUCUUGAUAUAAACCCGCGGCUUGCCAAUAAUUUGUGCUUUCGUUAAAAAUUUUUUGCUCUUUCUCUGUCCUUCAAUGGCGAUGAUGAACUACAUGGCGUUGUGGAUCUCCGUCGCGAUCGUCUUCUCCGUGCAAUCAUGUCGCUCUCUCGCCGCCGGCGAAGGCUCCAAGGAGGCGGACAAGAUCUCCGCGCUGCCAGGGCAGCCGCCGGACUUGAAGCUGCAGCAAUAUUCUGGCUACAUCAACGUCAAUCAGACUAACGGGAAGUCGCUCUUCUACUACUUUGUGGAGGCCUCCGCCGAUGCUGACCAAAAACCGCUUGUUUUGUGGCUCAAUGGAGGGCCUGGCUGCUCGUCCCUGGGCAUCGGAGCGUUCCAGGAGAUCGGGCCCUUCCGCGUGGACACGGACGGCAAGACGCUCUGCCGGAACACGAACGCCUGGAACACCGAGGCAAACGUGCUAUUCCUGGAGAGCCCGGUCGGCGUGGGCUUCUCGUACGCGGCGGUGAAGCCGGAGGAGGUGUACAGCACCAUGGGGGACAACAUGACGGCGCACGACUCCUACGCCUUCCUGCUCCGGUGGCUCGACCGGUUCCCCGAGUACAAGACCCGCGACCUCUACAUCUUCGGCGAGAGCUACGCCGGCCACUACGUCCCCGAGCUCGCCGUCACCAUCCUCGCCAGCAACAAGCUCCCCGACGCCACCCACAUCAAGCUCAAAGGAAUCGCCAUCGGGAACGGCAUCCUGGAGCUCGCGGCCGAGCGAACGCAGCUGUACGAGUACCUGUGGCAGCACGCCUUCAUAUCGGAUUCUGGGCACGCGCUCAUCGCCCAGAGCUGCCAAAACUCCGACGACCCGUCGCCGGUCUGCGAGUCGGCGAGGAACACAGCCUACGGCCAGGUCGGCAGCAUCGACAUCUACAACAUAUACUCGCCCCCCUGCCACGACACGAAAGUCAAGCCCUCAGGCUCCAAGUGCACGGAUCUAGCUGAUCCGUGUGCCCAGUACUACGUCGAGGCGUACUUGAACCAGCCCCAAGUGCAGAAGGCGAUCCAUGCGAACACGGAGCUGGAAUAUCCGUGGACAAGAUGCAGGACUUACAACCUAAACCACUUUGGCGACUCGCCGAAGACGAUGCUGCCACACAUCAAGGCCCUGAUCAGCAGCGGCGCCAUCCGCAUCUGGAUAUUCAGCGGCGACCUGGACGCGAUGGUGCCGGUGACGGCGACGAGGCAGUCCAUGGAGAGGCUGCAGCUGCGCGUGGCGGCGGACUGGCGGCCGUGGUCGGCGGAUGGCAAGUUCGUGGCCGGGUCCGUGAUCACGUACGAGGGGCUGGUGUUCGCCACGGUGCGCGGGUCCGGCCACAUGAUCCCGAUCGACCAGCCGGAGCGCGCGCUGGUGCUCCUGUCCUCCUUCCUCCGCGGCCAGCCGCUUCCGCGGGCGCCGUACUUCUCCGACGAGUAGCGCCGCCACCGCGGCACCGGGCACGGGCUCGCAUGGCGAAAGGCCGGGAAGCGGGCUUGUGUUUGAUCUCGCGUGGAGAUGCUGAGAAAAAACGUGUCGUCCGUCGCCAGAAUUGAAUUCUUGACCGCGACUUGUUUGGCGGGAUCGAUCGCGGUGGUUAUUGCUGAUUGGCUUCUCUGUUUUGAGCCUUAUUGUGAUCGCAGCUUUUUGAUAAUCUUCGACCAUUUUUCCGACAAACUUAAUCCAAUCCGCUUCGUUGGCUAGCAUAGUAGUUAUCCAUGUAUCACACCCUGAGUUCAAUCUUAAGUUAUCGAGUUAUGCACGUAGCACACUCGUUCAAUCUUAA